ACAAAAUUGGUCUGGUCCCAAUGAUUUUCAGUAGACCUGCUGGCCUGGGCUUCACCGAGUAAAAACAAUUACUGUGGUACAUUAGUUAUAACGGAUAAAGUCAAUUUGACGCUUAAUACAUUAAUGCCCGUCUUCAUUCUACAGUAGCAUAAUAAAGAUAUCCUGACCACAGUCUUCUACUACCCAAGGAAACCGUGCACGAAAGCGAGGCUGCUGACGUGUUUCCGCUUCCCCUCUUCUCGCAGUGAAAGAAACGGUCUGGCUGUUUGUGACGAAGCGGAAGAAGCGACAACACCGCAGGAAAAGACUAUUCGUGAUUAAAUAACAAAUCAAUUGGAGGAUAGUCUGUCUGGCUAUUUGAGUCCAUGACCAGACAGUGAGAACGGAGAGGAGGGCUUGAAGGUAGCCUUUACGUUGGUUAAGGCUUAGAGGACUGUAGAGUUUCCAGGGGAAAAGAUGAGUGAUGGAAUGGUAUUGUGUGAGACGAGAGCCCUGGCCUCCUCUUCCUCUCUAGUCCACAGGCUGGCUACAUCUGCAAUCCUCUUCCUCCUCCUCUCCCUGCUCCCCCACGGACACGCAUCAGGAUGCCCUCAGCCUCUGGCUGUACAGCAUGGGGAGCUGGUGAACCAGACGGAGGCGAACCGAGGCUCCUUCCCUCCUGGUACCCUGCUGUCCUAUGGCUGUGAGCCGGGCUACGCCCCCGAUGGACCCACCACCAUCACCUGUACCACCGCUGGGACAUGGUCCCGCCUGCCUCUACGCUGCAUCAGCACUAAUGUGUGCCCCCCUCCCACGGAGCCAGAGAACGGAGGGUACAGGUGCCACCCGUCCCCCUGCCACCGCCUCACCCAGAAGACCGUGAUAGAGUACUUCUGUGACGAGGGCUACGCUCUGAAGGGGGACUACAAGUUCCUCACCUGUCAGAAUGGGGAGUGGGACGCACCCAUGCAGAUCACCUGCCGCCUCAGCCCAGAUAAGGAGCUGCGGUCUCCGUUGGCGAUGCCAGCGCUGUCCAUCGUAGCGUCCACAGCCUCCUCUGUGGCCCUCCUGCUGCUGCUGGUGGUGCUGUUUGUUCUGCUGCAGCCCAAACUCAAGUCCUUCCACCACAGCAGGCGUGAGCAGGGUGUGUCAGGCCAGCCAGCCUCCAUGGUGGUGGAGGGGCUCCAGGUGGCCCUCCCCUCCUAUGAGGAGGCGGUUUACGGUAGCGGAGGUGCCUCCCUCCCACCGCCUCCAGAGUCCCGGGUCCAGAUCGUCCUGUCUGAGGGGCCCCAGGGGGCCGAGGGGCCCAGCAGUAGGUCUCAGUCCCACCAUCACAGAGAUACAGAGCUGUGCCUCCCCUCCACGUCCUCCUCCUCUUCUUCAUCCUCCCGUCGCGCAGAGACAGUACUAGUCCACCAGGCCCCCUCCUCCUCCUCCUCUUCGUCGUCGUGGGUUACGGAGCACGGAGGAGGUGCGUGUGGUGGUGUCCCACCCCUGGUCACUCUGGCCAGACGUAGAGACUCCGAGAGCAGCGACCAGCACAGCCUGCUUUCUGCCACCUCCGUAGACGACUUCUCUGAUGAUAUCCCCCUGUUAAAGGAAGCCUGAUGCCCCUGCAGCAGGACCACUCCCCCUUACAGCUGACCAGGAAACACUGAGGCUUCUACUGGGGCCUUCUACCUGAAUUAUACCACCCUACCCUACAGCUGACCAGGAAACACUGAGGCUUCUACUGGGGCCUUCUACCUGAACUAUACCACCCUACCCUAGAGCUGACCAGGAAACACUGAGGCUUCUACUGGGGCCUUCUACCUGAACUAUACCACCCUACCCUACAGCUGACCAGGAAACACUGAGGCUUCUACUGGGGGCCUUCUACCUGAAUUAUACCACCCUACCCUAGAGCUGACCAGGAAACACUGAGGCUUCUACUGGGGCCUUCUACCUGAAUUAUACCACUCUACCCUACAGCUCUGAACCACAGAACUACAAAAUGACCCAGCGUACCAAAAACAGGAAUCAUGUCAAAGAAACUCAACCUCCCUCCACGUCUGCAACUUCUCACACGGCUCAAAGACAAGAGCAGAGUCCAACUUCACCCCCAACUAUUACCAACCGUGAAAUUAGACAUAACUAUUUCCACCACCAGUAUCCUCUCCCCACGUCCUGGCUACCCCUUCUGCAAUGAUCUCUAAACUAACCCUUCUGAUCUCUAAACUACCACCCAUGUACAGAAAA